GUGGGCAUAUACAAUUUUUUACUGUAAUAAUAAAUAAAACCAAUAAAACAUAAAUUAUAUAGAUACUAUUGGCGUUUUUUUUUAAUUGGUAUCAACAAGUCAAUCUGAAAAUGGCUGCAUUAGUUGUACAAUCGCGCUUUGCCGGAUUAAAAAUUGAGGACGACGAUUACCCACCCACUAGUGAGAAUCAAAAGUCUAAGAAAUCAAAAACAGCCACUACAAAAAAAAGUGAACCGGUGAAAAAAGCUAAAAUUAAUAACAACAAAACUCAGCAAAACGCAACCAAGAAAAAAAAGCCAAAACAAAAUGCAGGUUCUUCUAAUCAGUGGGAACUGUGGAAGCAAAAGGAUGCAGAACUUGUUGAUGGAAAUUUCGAAAGUGAAUUGCAACAGGCUAUACUUUUGUCUAAAUUGGAUUAUGAAGAAAAGAAAGAUGUUUACAAACAAAUGAAAAAAGAAGCAGACAUAGAGAAGAAAGUAAUGGAGCAAAACUCUCGUGCAAGCAACAAAAAGCAAAAGAAAAAGACUAUAAUGAGUCUUGACCAAUUCAAUGACAUGAUGAAUGCUGGGGAAGACAUUGCUAAAUUUGAUAAUGAAGAAUGCAAUGAUGUAGAUGAAGUUAAAGUAUCUUUAAAAGACACUGAAUUCUUCGAAAGAGUAAAAGAUGAUACAAGGAAUGAGCUAAUUAAAGAACAAAUUAAUGAUAGAGUUCGACAUCGGCAGUCACUUUCAGAUGAUAUUAUCACAAGGGUUCAGUUUAUAGACACAAUUGAGAAAAAAGAUAAAGAAAUAGAGCUGUUAAGACAAGAAAUUACAAGUCUCAAACAGGAACUUUUGACUGUGAAGUGCAGAAAUAAAAAAUUAUGCAACAUACUUGGGCAAGGUGAAAUGAAAGACAAAGCAGAGGUAUUAGUGGAGGUAGAACGUUUACGAGCAGUUCAGACAGAGCUUACAGCCGAAAUAGCAGUUUUACAUACUGAUUUGGAGAAAGAACGCUCCAAGAACACCCAAGAUCCACGGAGUAAAGAUAAGAAGCAUCACACAAAAAAGAAAAAUAUUCGUUUUGAUGUUUCAUCUGAAGCAUUACUAGCAAAAGAAUCAAGUGCAGGAACUGGUUAAUUGGGUGCAUCAUUAUUUAUAAUUAAAUCGUAAUAUUAC